GAGAGAGAGAGAGAGAGAGAGAGAGAGGCUUCAACGUCAAGACAGUGAAGGAGAGAGAGAGAGAGAGAGAGAGUAAAAGACAGCUAGCAAUGAAGAUGGAGGCUCACCUACCGUCACUCCCUUCUUUUUAGCCUUUCUCUCUCUCCCUUCUUUCCUUUCCAUUCUAACCCCACUCAAUUCCUAUUUCUUCUUCUUCUUCUUCCUCUGGCUGCUUGGGUUUUUAUUUCCAGUUCGGGCACUGUCCAUGGAGCUCUAGAACCACCACUCACUCACCCUCUCAUCUUCAAGUUGUCGCCGCUCAAGAAUUUUCUGGGUUCUUGCAAUUUCUCUUUCUCUAAGUUGCAGGUCUGUCUUAAGAGCACGCAAAUUUUCAAUUUCUUCAUCAGUUCUGAAGGGUCUCCAUCUCUGCUUUGAGCUCUCAAGGAAAAUUCAGUGUAACAACAAGAAACACCAUGGUGACUGAUUUCAUGGAUGAGAUAGACUGCGGCAGCUUCUUCGAUCAAAUCGAUGACCUCAUUGAAUUCCCUGCCGACAAUGAAUCCGCCGACAGCAAGGACUUCCCCACCCUUUGGCCUAAUUCUCUCGACGCCCUGCCGCCGGCAUCCGACCACAUUUUCUCCGGCAACCACAGCAACACCGCCUCCGAUCUCUCUGCCGAGCUCUCCGUUCCGUUGCAGUACGAGGACAUUGUCCAGCUCGAAUGGCUGUCAAACUUCGUGGAGGAUUCAUUCUCCGGCGGCGGCAUGACCAUCGACAAGAACAACAUUUCCGGGAAUAAGGAGCCAUCCGAGAACCAGUUUCAGACUUCCAGCCCCGUCUCCGUUCUCGAGAGCAGCAGCAGCAGCAGCAGCUCCUGCUCCGGCGCCGGCGAGGGAAAGAUGGCGGCGCUCAGCCCAACUCGCCGCGGCCCCCAGCGCGCUCGCAGCAAGCGCUCCCGUCCGGCGACCUUCAACCCUCGCCCGGCUAUUCUCCUCCUCUCCCCAACCUCCUCCGUCUCCGACAACCCGCCGCCAUUCCCGGUCCCGGUGGCUUCCUCGGAGUCGGAGAAUUUCGCCGAGUCCCGCCCUUUGACAAAGAAGAAGAAGAAGGUAAAGCUGUCGGCGCCAUUCGGCUCUGUGGCGGUGGAGACGAAUCAAAAUCAGAAUCAAUCUGUUCGGAAAUGCAUGCACUGUGAGAUCACCAAGACGCCGCAAUGGAGGGCCGGACCAAUGGGGCCUAAGACGCUCUGCAACGCGUGUGGUGUCCGGUACAAGUCUGGCAGGCUCUUCCCUGAGUACCGGCCGGCGGCGAGCCCGACGUUUGUGCCGUCGAUUCACUCGAAUUCUCACAAGAAGGUGCUGGAGAUGAGAAACAAAGGCGGCCCAGGGGAUAAUAAAGCUUCGAUCUUUAUGGCCGAAAAGAGCGCCACCCCGACUACCGACCCGCCGGCACCGGAGCUGAUCCCGAACAACAUCCCAUCUCUGGAUUUCAUCUGAGGAACCGACCCAUCUCUCUGUUUUUCUGGUUUUUUCCAUUGCUUUGUUCGUUUGUUCAUUGUACAGAGCUGUAAUGGCUGGGGGGAGGGGGGCAGGAUAGUGGAGAGUUAUAUGAAUAUUGAUAGCUAUAAUUAGGGGGGUGAGUGAAUGAAAUGACAGAGAAGUGGAAUCUGGAAAAGGGUUAGGGUUUAAUGAAGGUUUAGGGCUGGGUUGAGCUGUAGUGAUGCUUAGGGCCUUUUGUUUUAAGGUUAAUUACUAGGGUUUUUAAGGUCAGCGUCAGUCUUCUUUCUUCUUGCUUCUUCUUCUUCUUCUUCUUCUUCUUUGUUUCCCAGUUUUGGGAACCCUUUUUGCAGUUAAUUUGUUAUUAGGAAAUUCUGAAUUUAUGUUUA